AAAAUGUCAAAUUUACGUGGUUAUGGUGAAUAACAACCUGAUAAUGAACAAAGAAGGUAACACAGAACACUUAGUGAUUAUUUUGGAGAGAAUAUUAAACGAUUUCCUCUUCUAGGUUAUUUUUAUUUUAAAUAAAUAAGGAGCUUAAGUAACAAUAACAAAUCCCAGAUAAUUACAUUAUUAUGAAAUGUUAUCAUAUAAUUUUUUUCCUGCUUACAAAAUUCAAUCUAUUACAAGUUUAGUAAUAUUGGCUUAUACUUUACUAUUUGCAUUAUGUAUUUUUGGAGGAAUAGAAAAAUAAGGGCAAUUUUUAGAAAUUAAUGAUUCAUCACUUUAAACUUAUGGGGGUUUAGUCACAAAUUAAAUUAAAAAUUAGUUCAUGUUUUAACAAUUAUUUACAAGCAUCUUCUUAUGUAGAGAUUUUUUUCACUAUUUUUGUAUUAUUCUAUCUUUGCUGAUAUUAUUUUCCAGUUUUGAAUAAGCAUCAGGCCCAAUUAUUGCUAUUUCAAUAUAUGUAUUUAGUGGAGCUAUGGGAGCUUUAUUUGGAAGCUCUAUUAAUUGUUGUACAGAUUUAAUAUAUUUACAUGCAAAUUCAGCAAUAUAUGGAUUAUUUGGUGCAUUAUUUGGUGUAUUAUUUUAUUCUUAUUUAGUGUAUCAUUUUAAAUUGGCCUUCAUUUGGAUUUUAAAAUAAAGUUAGAGUAUUUUUAUGUUGUUCUUUUUCGAUUCUGUUGAUUUUCCUAAUAGUCAUGACUUUAUAAGGUGAAAAUUCAUAUCAUAAUGAUAAAUAUGGUUAAAUUGGAGGACUUAUUACAGGAAUUUCCCUUUCAUUAGCUAUUGUUCCACCUAUGGAUUAAGGUGGUUUUUAAAAAAAAACAAAAAUUGUUGGUUGGACUUUUGUAGGAAUCUUCGGUUUUAUCAGUACUUUGAUGAUUAUUGUGAUAUGAAAUUAAAUAUAUAAAAAACCGCC